GUUUCCACGGACGGACCAAGAUGGCGGCGUCCAGCCCUGCGGUGUUUCCCGCUGCCCCGGAGAACGAGAGCGGCACCCUGGCAACCAAACCGAAGUCCCCGGCCAUCACGCCGCAGAAGGUGCGGGAGCUGAUCGACGAAGGGAUCGCCCCGGAGGAGGGCGGGCCGGACAGGAAAGAUCCUUCUGUUCUCAGUGAAGUGGCCAAUGGCUCUCCCAACACCAAUGAACUGCCUUUUGAAGCCACUAGCAAAGACGCUUUCUUCAGCAGAGUGGAAACAUUCACCUCCCUCAAAUGGGCAGGCAAGCCCCACGAGCUGUCCCCUCUGAUCUGUGCCAAGUACGGGUGGACCAACGUGGAGUGCGACAUGUUGAAAUGCUCCAGCUGCCAAGCUUACCUCUGUGCCAGUCUGCAGCUGUCUUUCGACUUCAGCAAGUAUAAGGAGAGGUGUCUGGCGCUGCAGAAGGCCUUGCUGGAAGCACACGAAAAAUUCUGCUUCUGGCCCGACAGCCCUUCCCCAGAUCGGUUUUCGGUGCUGCUGGUGGAGGAGCCCCGGGCUCUUUUUGACGACUUCCUCGAACGCUUCCAGAGUCUGUGUCGGCUGCAACUUCAGCUGCCUUCUCUGAAGCCAGACGCUCUCAAAAACGUGGCCUUGACGGAGGAGAAAGUUAGCUUUCUCUUGCAAUUGAUCGAGGAGGAGCAGCAGCAGGAGGGAGAGAAUGAGGAGGAGAAGUGCAAAACCGAAGGCGAGAAGACGUCGGCCAAGCGGCCUUUAGACCUCCUUCACGUCCACAUCACGGCUUGCAUCCUGGCCCUUUGUGGCUGGACCAGCAGCCCUCCAUCCGGAUCUGUCCAUCUGCCCUUGAUCAGCUGCUGCCGCUGCAUCAGGCGAGUGGGGCUGUGGGGUUUUCAGCAGCUGGAGACCACCGAGUCCGAGACGGGGACCCCCUCCACCAUUGCCCCCGCUGCUGAGAAAGUCCCUCUGGGGCCCACCUCCCCUCGCCGGAUGAUCACCAGGAGCCAGGACACCAACGUCCCCCUGGGCUUGGAGCAGCACGAGAAGAGCCCCUCCCCAGUCACCAGCCGCACGCGGGGCGGGGACAGCUGCAGCGAGCGCCCCGAGGCCGAACCCCCCAGCCCCACCACCCGGAGCCGUCCGGUGACCCGCAGCAUGGGCCACGGGGACGUCUGCGGCCUGGGCGCCGAAGUGCCCUCCAGCCCUCACCGCAGAGCCAAGCGGCCACGCCUGUACUCCUCCAGCAGUUCGGAUUCAAUGACCCGGGUUUACUUUGACCCCCUUGCCCAGCACCGUGAUUGGUGCCCGUGGGUCAACGAGGUGAAAGAGGCAACGGUGCUUGGAACCAAAGGAGACUUCUUGGAGCAGAAGGCAGACCGUGGCUGGCAGGUGGUCAUGAAAGUUCUCCAGGCUUCCAGGCAGUCAGACAAGCCAGCCCAUCUGGAGAGCGAGAGUCUCUCGACCAAAAGCCGCAAAGUCUUCCAGAUUUUCCGCCAGUGGGAAGCUGCCUGCUCCUCCUGAAGACCUGGAGGCAGCCAAGGAUGCUCGGCGGAACUUUUCCCCGUUCGGUUAGCAGGAGGGACAUGGCGAGACCCCGGGAGCAACGAUUACGUACCACCUUACCCGUGGCAAGUCUCACCUUGCCCCCUGUCCACAGAUAGAAGCGUGGGCAGUGCCCGCCUCACCCAGAAGAUGAGGCCUACCUGCCUUGCAGAUCCCCCUUCGGAGGUGGGCAACACUACCUGUGCAUUUGUGCCACCCUUGCACCGGUUCCCAGUUGCCUGGAUACACCAGCACCCCGAGGCUAGGUCCGUUCUGCAACAUCCUUGGGGUGCCAUUUGAGUCUUGGCUUCCUUCCUUCUGCCCCUCCCUCUGCAGGGGGGGGAUCCGUGGAGUUAGUUUGGGGGGGCCCGAGCAGACAUUCUUAGCACCAGCACAAAUAUCGGUCCCUGGCACUCGUCCUGGGGCCUGACAUUCCCGUUACACGCUGCAUGUGAAAAUGUUUAUUAGCUGCCCUGGGUUCGAGUUGAACCGAGGCGUAGUUUGUUUGCAACUCGGAUGGAAGUGGAACACUUGUUGGCUUCUUAUUUCUACCCGGAAAAGAGAAGGACCUCCCAGAAUUCCCUGUGACGAUAGUCAGUCUCUCUUCUGGCAAAAAUAAAAAAAAAAUAUAUUAA